UCGUGCCCAACACUAACUCCUAGCAUUCCGGUAAGGAGCUGGAUAGGCGGCCCCGGGAGGAGCCAGGAGCUGUUCCACCGACACACCGAGCACGAACUGUCUCGUCACGCGGGCGGAAGAACGCUUUUCUGUGCUUUACCUGCCUCAGUGGACAAGAUUAAUAUUAUUUAAUAUCAAGUGACGGAGGAGCCGCGCGGAUGCUCCGGGGAUGAUGGGACAGUAAUUCCCCGGUUGUUGAGUUUGCGCCGCCGCAGCAGCAGCGACAGCAGCAGCGACAGGACAACCGACAACAGCGAAACUUAAACCGGCGGCAGCGGCAGCGGCAGCAGCACCGCUGUCAGGCUGAUGUGGUGGAUUUAGGACAGAGCGGAGCACGAGUGGGAGGCGAAAAUGGGGUUCCUGCACCAGCUCCAUCUCCUGCUGUGGAAGAACAUCUCUCUGAAGAGGAGGGGACCGUGGGUGCUGGCCUUUGAGAUCUUCAUCCCGCUGGUCCUCUUCUUCAUCCUGCUGGGUCUGCGGCAGAAGAAGCCAGCGAUUCCCGUCAAGGAAGUGUCCUUCUACAGCGCUGCCCCGCUCACCUCGGCUGGCAUCAUUCCCAUCAUGCAGUCGCUGUGCCCAGAUGGACAGAGGGAUGAAUUUGGCUUCCUGCAGUACAAGAACUCCACGGUGACCCAGCUGCUGGAGAGGAUCAGCGAAGUCGUCGAACAGAACCGACUCUUCACUUCUGACCGACCCGGUCUGGGUCAGGAGUUGGAGAUGUUGCAGAAACACCUGGAGACUCUCAGCUCCACGCCUUUGCCGACAGACUACCACUUCAACAGCAGCCAAGGCUUCACACUGGCCAGUUUACUGAAGAGUCAGUCGGCGUUCCAUCAGUUCCUGGUGAAGAACCUGUCCUUGUCCGACGCCGCCUCCACGUCACUGCUCAGCAUUCCCAUCAACGUCAAAGAGGUGCACAGACUUAUCUUUGGUACGUCUCUUCGAGCUGUUGGAGGGACUCAGAGUUGGCUUCAGGCGGCAAAAGACGUCAGACACAAACCUGGAGACACAGUUCUUCAUCUGGAAGAGAAGCUGCUGAGCGAUGGUCACGGCGUGGAUGGAGGUCUGCUGUACAAAGCUUUACAGGAUCCAACAACAGCUGCUCACAGACACACUCUGCUCACACUGAUGUCCCAGACUUUAGGCCUCUCUGAGGCCACGGGAGACCAGGGAGACCAGGGAGACCAGGGAGACCAGCAGGUGCUGAAGGAGGCUGAGGGAAUCCUCCUGACCGGAUCCACGCUGGAGAGCCUCACCUGUGGGGAGGGUGGAGCCUCUGAGCUCAGUCACAUCCUCCUGGUGCCUGAGAAGCAGCAGCCGGCGCUGCAGCUCUAUCGCAGUGCGCUUUGCAGCGGCGGUGAGGGUCAAAGGUCAGAGCGCUUCCGACAGCUGAGCCUCGAGCUGCGAGAACAGAUCAACGCGCGGAGCGUCGCCGAGAAGCUUCACCUGGAUCGACCCAGCUCUCGGGUUCCCCUCUCUCAGUCCCAGCUCGGGGCUUUGCUGAAGGACCUGGCCGAUGUGGAGAGGCUUCUCAAAGACGUGGACCUUCUGUCCGGGCUGGCGAGUCUGCUCCCCAAAGGUGCCUGCACUGGCCGCUCCGCAACCUCCACCACAAACAUGACCUGGCCCCUCAAUGCCACCACCUGGGGCCCUAAUGCCACUGACGUCCCCAGAGAGGAGGUGGAGAAGGGACCCGAGGGGCCCGGGAGAGCUAAAGGAGAGAAAGACAAGCAGGAAACAGAGAAUCCUCAUUCUCAGUUCUCAGCGUUUGUUCAGCUGUGGGCAGGACUGCAGCCCAUUCUCUGUGGGAACAACAGGAUCAUCGAGCCAGAGGCUUUGAAGCAGGGAAACAUGAGUUCUUUGGGAUUCACCAGCAAAGAGCAGAGGAAUCUGGGAUUACUGGUUCACCUGAUGACGACAAAUCCCAAGAUCCUCUACUCCCCCAUUGGCUCUCAGGUGGAUAAAGUGAUUCAGAAGGCAAAUGAGACUUUUGCAUUCGUUGGGAACGUGACGCACUACACCUGGGUGUGGCUGAACAUCUCCGCUCAGCUCAGGACUUUUCUGGAGGAGGGUCGGCUGCACAGACACAUGGUGUGGCUGCAACAGCUGUCCUCUGAGCUGCAGCAACACCCCGAGCUGCUGAACAACACGGACAGCGAGCUGAUGCAGAGUCUGAUCGAGGGAAACUACAGUCUCCCAAACACGUCCACUCUGCUGGAGCAGCUGGACACCAUCGACAACGCCGCCUGCGGCUGGACACGCUUCAUGUCAAAGGUCAGUGUGGACGUGUUCAAGGGCUUUCCCGAUGAGGACAGCAUCGUCAACUACACCCUGAACCAGGCGUACCAGGACAACGUGUCUGUGUUUGCCAGUGUGAUUUUCCAGACGAACAAAGACGGCUCCCUGCCGCCACACGUUCUCUACAAGAUCAGACAAAACUCCAGUUUCACGGAGAAAACCAAUGAAAUCAGACGGGCUUACUGGCGUCCGGGGCCAAACACUGGCGGGAAAUUCUACUUCCUUUAUGGUUUUGUGUGGAUCCAGGAUAUGAUAGAGCGAGCCAUCAUCAACACGUUUGUCGGCCAUGAUGUGGUGGAGCCCGGUAACUACGUCCAAAUGUUCCCUUACCCGUGUUACACCCGAGACGAUUUUCUGUUUGUGAUUGAGCACAUGAUGCCUCUGUGCAUGGUGAUCUCCUGGGUGUACUCAGUAGCCAUGAUGAUUCAGCACAUUGUGGCGGAGAAGGAGCACCGACUCAAAGAGGUGAUGAAGAUGAUGGGUCUGAACAACGCGGUCCACUGGGUGGCUUGGUUCAUCACGGGCUUCGUCCAGCUGUCCAUCUCUGUCACCGCUCUGACGGCCAUCUUGAAGUACGGCAGAGUGUUGCUCCACAGCAACCCCUUCAUCAUCUGGCUCUUCCUCACCAUCUACGCCGUGGCCACCAUCAUGUUCUGUUUUUUGGUGUCAGUCAUCUACUCCAAGGCCAAACUGGCUUCCGCCUGUGGUGGAAUCAUCUACUUCCUCAGCUACGUGCCGUACAUGUACGUGGCCAUUCGGGAGGAGGUGGCCCAUGAUAAGAUCACUGCCUUUGAGAAGUGCAUAGCUUCUCUGAUGUCCACCACUGCCUUUGGCCUCGGAUCCAAGUACUUUGCCCUGUACGAGGUGGCAGGUGUGGGCAUCCAGUGGAGGACCAUCAGCCAGUCCCCAGUAGAAGGCGACGACUUCAACCUGGGGUUGUCCAUGAUGAUGCUCAUCAUUGAUGCCAGUGUGUAUGGUGUGCUCACCUGGUACAUAGAGGCCGUGCAUCCAGGCAUGUAUGGGCUGCCCCGCCCGUGGUACUUCCCCCUGCAGCGGUCUUAUUGGUCAGGGAGCGGGCGCGUGGAGACCUGGGACUGGCCGUGGUGUGGGGGCGGGGCUGCCAGGCUCAGUGUGAUGGAGGAGGAUCAGGCUUGUGCGAUGGACCAGAGGAGAUCAGAGGAGAUGCGGGGCAUCGAGGAGGAGCCGAGUCACCUGCCGUUGGUCGUGUGUAUAGACAAACUCACCAAGGUCUACAAGACUGGCAGCAAACUGGCCCUGAACAAACUGAGCCUCAACCUGCACGAAAACCAGGUGGUCUCCUUCCUGGGACACAACGGUGCUGGCAAGACCACAACCAUGUCCAUCCUGACCGGCCUGUUCCCGCCCACCUCUGGCUCAGCCACCAUCUACGGCCAUGACAUCCGCACAGAGAUGGAGCGCAUUCGCCAGAACCUGGGCAUGUGUCCACAACACAACGUCCUCUUUGACAAGCUGAGCGUCGAGGAGCAUCUGUGGUUCUACUCCAGGCUCAAGGGCAUGGCUGAAGAAGACAUACGCAAGGAGAUGGACAAGAUGAUUGUUGACCUGGAGUUAUCAAACAAGCGUCACAGCUUGGUGCAGACUCUGUCCGGCGGCAUGAAGAGGAAGCUGUCGGUGGCCAUCGCCUUCGUCGGCGGCUCCAGGGCCGUGAUCCUGGACGAGCCCACAGCGGGGGUCGACCCGUACGCGCGCAGGGCCAUCUGGGACCUCAUCCUCAAAUACAAACAGGGUCGCACCAUUCUGCUGUCCACCCACCACAUGGACGAAGCAGACCUGCUGGGAGAUCGCAUCGCCAUCAUCUCGCACGGGAAGCUCAAGUGCUGUGGCUCGCCGCUCUUCCUGAAGAGCACCUACGGAGACGGAUACAAACUGACGCUGGUGAAGAAGCAGAGCGACGGCCAAGGUCAGGGCAGCCAGCUUCAGCCGUCUUCGUGUCUGUCUCCGUCCUCCUCGCUGUCUCCCUGCUCCGAGGCGCGGGUCACGCAGUUCAUCCGCCAGUUUGUAGCGUCCUGUCUGCUGGUGUCGGACUCCAACACGGAGCUGUCCUACGUGCUGCCGUCAGAGGCCGUGAAGAAGGGCUGCUUCGAGAGGCUCUUUCAGGCUUUAGAGCAGAGCUUGGACACUCUGGCACUCACCAGUUUUGGGGUGAUGGACACCACCUUAGAAGAAGUCUUCCUCAAAGUGUCUGAGGAGGACCAGUCUCUGGAAAACAGCGACGCUGACAUGAAGGGUUCCCCGGGGAGCAGCUCAGCUGGGAAGUCCUCAGUGGGUUCAGGAGGACUCGGGGUGACACAGGGUGAGACCGGACCGUCAGUGGAGAGCCAGAAGCCAGAGGUGGAGCUGAGUAAUCUCGUGAAGUGUUCUCAGCUGACCCAGAGUCAGACCUCGCUGAAAUCCUCCUCGUCUGUUGGGUCAGUGCGGGGGGACGAAGGGGGACUCUACGCGGACUUCUACGGGGACUACUGUCCCCUCUUUGACAACGGUCAGGAGUGUGACUCUGCCAGCCUCAGGGGAGACGCAGAGAACCCCUCGUCCCCGGAGCCGGAGGUCCUGGAGGGGCAGGGCAGCUUCAAACUGGACGGUUGGUGGUUGAAGCUGAGUCAGUUUCACGGCCUCAUAGUGAAGCGGUUCCACUGUGCCAAGAGGAACACCAAGGGCCUCUUCUCUCAGAUCCUCCUGCCUGCCUUCUUCGUCUGCGUGGCCAUGACUGUCGCACUAUCUGUGCCUGAGAUCGGAGAUUUGCCCCCGCUGAUCUUGUCUCCAUCUCAGUAUCAUAACUACACCCAGCCCAGGGGCAACUUCAUUCCCUACGCCAAUGAAGACAGACCACAGUACAGGUCCAAGUUGUCCCCAGACGCCAAUCCACAGACGAUCAUCAACACCCUGCGUCUGCCGUCGGGUGUGGGAGCGACCUGCGUCCUCAAAACCCCCUUCAACAGCACCCUGGACCAACUGGCCCAGACCCUCAACCCCAGCGCCAACAACUCCAAGACCCUGGCCGCACGCUACUUUGACUCCAUGUGUCUGGACUCCUUCACGCAGGGCGUCCCGCUGUCCAACUUUGUGCCCCCGCCUCCUUCACCGGCGCCCUCGGACGACCCAGACCCUCGCUUCGAGGACGGGCCGUGGAACUUCACCGUCGCACCUCCAACCACCGUCCACGAGCCUGUGACCUCUCCUCCCACCCUCCCCCUCUCCAUCCACGAGCCGGUGCGCUGCACCUGCUCCAUGCAGGGCACGGGCUUCUCCUGCCCCAGCGGGGUCGGGGGGCGGCCCCCGCUCAUGAAGGUGGUGACGGGCGACAUCCUGGUGGACGUCACGGGCCGCAACGUCUCCGAGUAUCUGCUGUUCACGUCCGACAGACUGCGGCUGCACAGAUACGGUGGUCUCACGGUGGGAAACAUCCAGAAGUCCAUCCCAGCGUCGUUUGGGAGAAAUAUACCACCAAUGGUUCGCAAGAUAGCCGUCCGCAGAUCAGCUCAGGUUCUGUACAACAACAAAGGUUACCACAGCAUGCCCACGUAUCUCAACGUCCUCAACAACGCCAUCCUGCGCUCCAACCUGCCGGCGUCCAAGGGAAACCCUGCGGCCUACGGUAUCACGCUGACAAACCACCCAAUGAAUCGGACGAGCGCCAGUUUGUCUCUGGACUACUUGCUGCAGGGAACAGACGUGGUGAUCGCCAUCUUCAUCAUCGUUGCCAUGUCCUUUGUUCCAGCCAGCUUUGUGGUUUUCUUGGUGGCAGAGAAAUCCACCAAAGCCAAACACCUGCAGUUUGUGAGCGGCUGUGACCCGGUCAUCUACUGGCUGGCUAACUACAUAUGGGACAUGCUGAAUUACCUGGUUCCUGCCACGUGCUGCGUCAUUAUCCUGUUUGUGUUCGACCUGCCCGCCUACACCUCGCCCACGAACUUCCCCGCCGUGCUCUCCUUGUUUCUUCUUUACGGGUGGUCCAUCACUCCCAUCAUGUACCCAGCAUCCUUCUGGUUCGAGGUUCCCAGCACAGCGUACGUGUUCCUCAUCGUCAUCAACCUCUUCAUAGGCAUCACGGCAACGGUCGCCACCUUCCUCCUGCAGCUGUUUGAACACGAUAAGGAUCUGAAGAGAGUCAACAGCUACAUGAAAUCCUGUUUCCUCAUCUUCCCCAACUACAACCUGGGUCAUGGUCUGAUGGAGAUGGCCUACAACGAGUACAUCAACGAGUACUACGCUAAGAUAGGCCAGUUUGACAAGAUGAAGUCACCGUUCGAGUGGGACAUUGUGACUCGAAGUCUCGUUGCCAUGACAAUAGAGGGCUUCGUUGGCUUCCUCAUCACCAUCCUUUGCCAGUACAACUUCCUCAGGAAACCCUCGAGAGUGCCGGUCAGCUGCCAGCCGAUCGACGACGACGACGUAGACGUGGCCUGUGAGAGGAGGAGAGUGCUGCGAGGAGACGCCGACAACGACAUGCUGAAGAUUGAGAACCUGACAAAGGUGUAUAAAUCCAGGAAGAUGGGUCGUAUCCUGGCGGUGGACCGGCUCUGUCUGGGCGUCCAGCCCGGAGAGUGUUUUGGACUGCUGGGGGUGAACGGAGCCGGGAAGACCACCACGUUCAAGAUGCUGACAGGAGAUGAGUGCACCACGGGGGGGGAGGCUUUCAUUAACGGCAGCAGUAUCCUGAGGGACCUGUUACACGUGCAGCAGAGUAUUGGCUACUGUCCACAGUUUGACGCCCUUUUUGACGACCUGACCGCCAGGGAACACCUGGAGCUCUACACUCGCCUCCGUGGCAUUCCCUGGAAAGACCAGGAGAGGGUGGUGCAGUGGGCACUGGAGAAGUUGGAGUUGUCCAAGUACGCAGACAAGCCCGCCGGCACGUACAGUGGAGGAAACAAACGCAAGCUCUCCACGGCCAUUGCCCUGAUUGGAUAUCCUUCACUCAUCUUCCUGGACGAGCCGACCACCGGGAUGGACCCCAAAGCUCGCAGGUUCCUCUGGAAUUUAAUCCUGGACAUCAUCAAGACCGGCCGCUCAGUGGUGCUGACAUCACACAGCAUGGAGGAGUGUGAGGCUCUGUGCACCAGACUGGGCAUCAUGGUGAAUGGCAGGUUCAAAUGCCUGGGCAGCAUCCAACACCUGAAGAACAGGUUUGGAGACGGUUACAUGAUCACAGUGAGGACCAAGAGCAGCUCCACAGUGAAGGAGGUGGUUCGAUUCUUCAACAGAAACUUCCCUGAGGCCGUGCUCAAGGAGCGUCACCACACCAAGAUCCAGUACCAGCUGAAGUCAGAGUGGCUCUCUCUGGCUCAGGUGUUCAGUAAGAUGGAGCAGGUGGUGGAGGUCCUGGGUAUCGAAGACUACUCAGUCAGUCAGACCACACUGGACAACGUAUUCGUCAACUUCGCAAAGAAGCAGAGCGACAACUUGGAGCAGCAGGAGGUGCUGCCCCCCGGUGGCGCUCAGUCGCCCCUGCAGCACAUCUUCAGCCUGCUGAAGUCUCGACCGGCAAACACGGAGCUCAAUGCUCUGAUCAGCGAAGCGCCGGAGGAGCUGGAGAGCGACGAUGACGAAGGACUAAUCAGCUUCGAAGAAGAAAGGGUGCAGCUCUCCUUCAACACAGACACUCUCUGUUGAAAACGAGCCACUGACGGUGCAGGGAGACGAGGGGAGGAGCAGAGAGGGCGACGUCCUGGGAGGAGAGAACGCAGCUGCUCACUUCACCCCGGCGAGGACCAACACUCUCUGCACGAUGGAACAUGGGACCACUAGUUCAGUAUUUUCCCCCCCGACUCUUAACUCCCAGCCGAGGAAGCUCGGGUCAGAUCACAGGAAGUGCAUGGAGAGACGAAAUGGCGGCCAACACUUGGUUCUAACACCUGACCCUGGAACGUUUCCAUGUUCACUGUUUCCUAACGUGUGUGUCGCCCGACGGCUGAUGGGAACAGCAGGUAAACCGCACCCUGAACAUGUGACCAUGGUGAAAUGUUCAAAUUGAAAACACUGCAGGUCACUCUGCGUCUGCCCGGCGCCUCCAGAGCGUCCUGUGAUGACGUUGAUUCCCGGUGGUGUUGUGUAAUAGUCUAUUUUUCUGUGGCAAGAAGAACGAUUUAUUUUGGAUAUGGACGCAGCUGAAGACUGAGGCAUGCGAUUUAUUUUGCGAUAUCAGAGGGUUUCCGGGAGGGAGCGUGAGCUGGGGACCUGUGUGUGUGUGUGUGUCCGGAUGGUGCCUCUCUCUUCUAACACCUUGUUUUGACGCUGUACAUUUCGGUCUCUUUCUACUGAAUGCUCUUUCUUUUGUUUGUGCUUUGAACAUAUCUCGAUGUUGUGUAACGCAGACCGUGUAUUAUAAUAGUUACGCACCUCUGAAGGUAAUCGGCAUUGUGACUGCACUACAUCACUGUGAUACUCAGAGACGCGUGUUAUUCUCUGCAGAACUUUUCAGUUUGGACUCACACUUAGAGAUUCUCUGACGUCACUCUGUCACAUCAACGCUUUGGUGAGUUUGUUUUUCCUUUUCUUUUUUCUCUGAGAAUGUAAACUGUAGGGAAAUUGGAUGCUUAAAUAUUUAAAUGAUUGUACAAUAAAAUGAACUUCAUUAAUACAUAUUUAUGACCACACCACUGAUCUCUGUGCGUCUAAACCUCAGCGGGACUUUUGGAGCGUUGACUAUUAAAUCAUUUAAGUUUCCAAUGAAAUAAAAGAAUCAGAGAUCAGUCGAAUGCAAAACUAAUUUCAAUGUGUUUAUGGACUCAAACAAUGAAGAGGUAACUCCCGUCACCAGCAACCACUGGAGUUAUAAAUAUCUUUUUUCUAUACUUAACAUGGAUGUAUGACUGUAUUCUGUGUGUUGUUUGGACACAAAUGACCUUUAGCUUUGGAGCUCAUGUAUGAUUAAACAUGUUGUUUAUGAA